AGGCUGGAAGGGGCGCGCCGUCCAGCAAGAGGGAAGCGGCCCAUUGCGCCUUUCGCUCGCGGCAGGAUGGCGGUGCCCGGCUGGGAGCGCGCGGCCCGGCUCCUGCUCUGCGCGGCGGGGCUGGCGCUGUCUGCUUACGCUUUCCACGUGGAGACCUCGAAGGAGCGGGACGCCGCCUACCGGGCCAUGUGCGACAUCAGCGCAGCCGUCAGCUGCUCCCGCGUCUUCACUUCCAGGUGAAUGAAUGCUCCAGCGCCAGGAGCCCCAGAUCUUGUGGGAUGAUCUCCUGCGAUUUGCACCCCGGUGGCAUCCGCCACACGCACACGCGUCGGAUCCCACGCGUGCUUGUUUCCAAAAAGAGGUCCCGCUGGGAUUUACUUCCGAGUAAGCGUGCGUGGGAUUGCAGCCUGACCCUGUGCAAUUGGCAUGCUUACUCGGGACGAAAUGCAAAGGGUUGAAAUCUCUCCCUACCACCCAGUGGAGUUCAAGGUGUGGACUAUCCCUGCCCGUGUUGGGUUAAAUUCCACUUCUUUUGGGAAAGUAUUAUUUGUCCUGGAGUUUCCUCAGUUCCGCUGAAAAGCUCCAAUCGAUCUUCUGAAUCCUUUCCUGCUUGCAGCACAAUUGAGAAAGGGGUGUCUUAACGGGUGGCAGGAGAGGAGGGGGGAAAUUGUUAGCAGAAGUCACCGGUAUGCUCGCCUAACCUUCUGUAAACAGCCAGGAAGGACGUCCCCAGGGUAACUGACCCUUUAUUAUUUGGCUGGAGAAUGUGAAUGAGGGGGAUGACGUGUCCCUUAUGUAUGCUGGAGGUGACGCAGAAUGGGCCUCUUGUGGUCUAUAAAAGAUCUGACAUUGGUAAGAUGCGUCUUUAUAUUGGCCCAGUUUGCCUUAGGCAGCCAACCAGACACUGUCAUUGCAUGAUCUUAGACAAUCCACAGUGUUCUAUAAAGACUUAAGUAUCAUAAUUACUGUUUAUUGCUAACAUUCUGCACCAUCUCCUCCCAUUACAGGUGGGGUCGUGGUUUUGGCCUGGUGGCCACGUUUCUGGGACCUCGUAGCGUGUUCAACCAGCCUAAUAGCGUCUUUGGGAUCGCUUUCUACACCCUGCAAAUCCUUCUGGGUGAGUGACACAUGCAGAUGGAUGCGUCAAAGAGAACACAGGUGUCCACACAUGGAUGCGGGUGUCGCUAACAGCAUCCAAUCCAAACACUGGGCAGAGGAGAAUCUAGCUGCCCAUAUUUUCAACUCUGUAUGUUACCAGGUGUGUUGUCCUCCCCUGACGACUACAUCAGGUAUUAGCAACAUUUCGUAAUUCAGGGUAGACCAGAGCUGUUGCACACUCCUGCUAUGAACUAUCUCCAGUGUACUACCUCUGGAUGCAAGGUCAAGGGAAUCAGGGAAAGUGCUGUCGCAAUCAAGUUCUGCUUGUGGUCUUCCACGGCUGGCCAGUGAGAGAACAGGAUGCUGGAUUAAAAUGAAGAGUGCUCAAAGAAGUGGUGCCAAAACAGGGCCACUGAGAAAUGAGAGGAAUGUAUAGAGGGGAACUGUGGGGGUUUGCAAGUGUACAAAAAAAAUAUAUUAUAAUCUAAAGAACGCAAACUCUAGGAGCAGCCCCAAACAGAGAGGACCAAGCAUACUGAGUAGCUACAGAAUGUAGAGGGGCAGCUAAAGAGUUGCAGGGGGGGUGGACAGACACUGAAUGGGAUGGGUGGUGAAAAUGGAAUGCCCUGCUCAGUGGGAGGAGCUAACCAGAACCCCGAACAAGAACAUUAGGAGGGAGGAUAUACUGCAACAUUUUGUUGACAUUCUCAUGUGUGUGGUCAAAAACCUUUGUUUCCUUCAGAUGAUUCACAGGUGGGGACUGGAAAUCCAAAGUUGGGGUGGUCAGCUGAAAGGUUGGAGGCCGGUUUUAGCUUUCAGUCCCAUCUUGCCAGCAUGAUUUCCCCUUCUGCAGCUGAACACAAAAGUAACCCAGACCCCUUCAUCCACACAGGCUUCUCCAACAGCGGUCUGGCGGCCAUUGCUCUGCUGGGCUCUUCGGUCGUCUCCAUAGUUGGCUCGCUGUACCUGGCCUACAUCCUGUUCUUUGUGCUCCACGACUUCUGCGUGGUCUGCAUCAGCACCUACCUCCUCAACUUUGCCCUCCUCUUGCUCAACUACAAGCGCCUCGGCUACCUCAACCAGGCCUGGAAGCGCCCCGUGGCCAAAGCCAAGAGGCAGUGAAUGAAGGCGGCACCUCAGGUUGGAAGUCCUGAGAGGGUGGAGGUUUCCCAGGGGUCUCGCCUACCUCUGGUGUUUCCUUAAGCGCUGGGUUGGAUCUGGACCGAAUUCAUUGCGCUUAGGUCCCAUUGAAAUCCAAGGUGAAAAGUUUGUCAUUCCAGUGGGAACUAAAUGCAAGUAGCUUGGUCAGGAUCCAACCCAUUAAUCUGUUUCUAUAUCACCUGAAUGCUCUUCCAGCUUGGAAAACGUCUUCCCAGAAAUCGAUGAGAUCAGCAUUCCACUUGUCUGACCCUUCGGACUCCAUUCAGAUUAGCUUAUGAACCUCCAUUUUGGAACUUAAAUGGAUGCAGUUUUGGGUUGGGGUGACCUACAGAUACGUAAAUCAAGCCCUUUGUUCCUUUCCUUAUUUCUUUUUAAUACAAAACUUAUUUUUAUAGCUCUUUUUAGAAAAAAAUUGUAUACAGAGCAAUUUGUAAAAUACAGCUAUUCGUGAUGACUUUAAAAAGCAUUGAGUUGAGAGCUGUUAUGUCUCUUCUCAGUUGUAAUAGAGUGCUUUUUUUUCUGGGGAUACUCAAGUAGAGUGCAGUACGGGCACUUCUCUCCCCCUAUGUUUCAAAACAACUUCAUGGUGAGUACCAGCACCAUUUUUCCUUUUUGAAAAAGAGCACUGAAUAGAUACAAAAUUGAGCAAAACCAGCUUGUGACUGGGCUUGGCUUAGUUCCUGAAGCACAAACGAAAGCUCAUCCUUUCUCACCAUCAUUAAUAACAGCUACCUUUUACAUAACAGGAGGGCCCUUCUGUUACGAAGGCUGAGGCAAGCCACAGAUUGUGAGGUACCAUUAAAAAGGUAUCAAACUGUAAAUUAUUUUCAUUAGGAUUGAAACCGCAAGGCCAAGGAUGGCCCCUCAAGUUGUUUUUGGACUCUAGUUCCCACCCCACCCAGUCAUGCUGGCUGGGGCUGACUGAGCCCAGCAACAUCUGAUGAGCACCACUACAUGUUUACCAUUAUAUUUGUACCACUACAGUGGGAUGGGAAAUUUGGGUUUGCAGCCUUAGGUACCAAAAAAACUGGGUCUGGCAAAAUAUGGGUGAGCAGCCACUUUUCAGUAUGUUUUCUACAGGCUUCCGGCACAGCUGUCAAUACCCAUUUUCAGAGAAAGUGAGGCAGAGUAGACCUUAAAACAUCUUUGUCCAUUAGAAUUAUCUGUGUGUGGGGGGGGGGAACCAUGCAGCUGACUUAAGCACCCUGCCGCCCCCCCCCCCAGAAGCCUGAGACUGCAACCCUUUUCAGUCUCAGCCAGCAGCUGGUCGGGGCUGAUGGAAGUUGUGGUCCAGAACAUCUGGCAAACACCAGGUUGGCGAUGGCUGGCAUAGAUUAUAAAGUCGAAAGUGAACGACUUACCGGAAUUUUUCCCCAAUUUGAAAUGGUGGUUAUGUUUCUCUGUAUGUACUCCCAGCCAACUGCAGGGGUCACUGUGUAGCCACGGUUAACAGCCUGAAAGUAAGCAAGAAAUAGUUUUUUUAUACGAAGCACAACAGAGCCAUCCAAGAAAGAAAACAGCUUGCCACCUAAUGCAAGAAAUCAUGGUCGAUAAUGAGAGUCUUGAUUGAUUCAAUCCGCAUAAAGUUACAUAUGAACAAAAACAAACACGACUUUUUCUUCUGAAUGUACUUUGCUUUUGAGUGUUGUUGCGUCAGGUAGCAUCUUACAAGAGGUAGUGAGUCCUGUGCAAAACAGAAAAGGGAAUUAUUUUUUUUUCUAAGGUGCAGCCUUAACUUUUUAAAUAAGUGCUUGUAUUAAUAGGGUCCACCACACUGCUUUGUUUCCCAGAUAAUCAAGAGCACUGUAAAAACAACCAUAAGUCCAAGGCUAUUUGAUUAAACUGACUGAUCAAUUUAAAAUAGCAAUCCUGGCAGAAAGAAAAACCUCUGUAACAAUAAAAAAAAAAUCUCUGGAGAAAGCAGCCUCUUGAAUUCCUAGCUUUCAUUAUUAUUAUUUUUUGUGGGGCGGGGCAAGAGUGGUGGUACCUCAUUUUUAAUUUCAGGCUCUUCAGAAAAAGUUCAUAAAGACUUUAAUAGUGUGUUUGCAGGGAUAGACAGGGUCACGCAAAUUCACCCAUUAGAUUAUUACAUUUUUAAUAUGACUGAUACCCUGCCUUUCCAUAUUAGUUUUUUAUGAGAAGUUAUAGACCGCUUGCUCAUUAAAAAUAUCCAAGUGGCGAACAAAAUGCACAGAUGUAUAACAACCCUCAGUAAAACAAUAUCAUGCAACAUACAAGAUUCCUUCAUUAUGUCAUCCACAGGCAUAACUGAUAACAGUUUAGUUGACAGAAGCAUUAAGUAGAAAAGUAUUUGGUAGGCUUCUGAAAGAGAAAAUGAAAGGUGCCUGAUUGUCAGUAGAACAUAAUCCCACAAAGCUGCUGUGACCACAAUGAAGGUUCUGUCACUGCAGAUAUUGCCCUCUUUGUCCUUGUCUAUCACCAGGAUGACAUUUCAACUAAAUUCUUCUUGAGUGUUUUUUUGCAACUCUUAGGCAUGUCCUGAAUUCACUUCAUGUAUGUACAGUGUGCACUGUGAACAGGGCAGCCUAGAUUUGCCCCCUAGCUUGGCAUGGAGCUUGAACAGCGCAUUGGGAACCCACUGUCAUUGGGCCCUGCACACAUCUCUCCCAGCCUAAUCCAAUGGAAACUCUUCCAGCAUCAAAUCAGAAGAUGAGCAAUGAAUGUUAGAAUGAUGUUGGAUAGAAAUUAAGUGGUUUUUAGCUGCAAUACUAUAAGGGAAUAUGAAAAAUGGAUUAUUAAUAGGUAAAAAUUUAAUGUUCCAAUAUUUUAAGAUCAAAGAUUAGGAUAAACAAAGAGGGGAAGGAUUUGCUGAACCAACAAACUGAACUGGAAUACAAAAAAGGGAGGCGUGAGGAGGUCCGGGAAAUAAGCUAAUGAAAAAUAAGUAAUGGAAAGAUUGUGUUGUUUUUAAUUAUUUUUAUUUUUUUAUUUUUAUUUUGUAAUAUUUUGAAAAUCUUAAUAAAUAUCUUAUAAAAAAAAA